CGGGGCCGGAACCCUCGGCGCGGGCGCGGUUUCCGCGGGCGGUGCGAGGCGCGGCCCCGCCAUGGCGGCGGAGGGGGAGGAUCCGCUGGGCUAUUUCGCGGCCUACGGCAGCUCCAGCUCCGACUCGGAGCCCGAGGAGCCCCAGCCCGACGAGCGCCCGGCGGGGGCCAGCGCGGCCUCGGAGAGCAGCCCGGGGCGGCCGCGGCUGCCGCCGCCCGACGAGCUCUUCCGUCGGGUGUCGCAGCCGCCCGCCUUCCUCUACAACCCGCUCAACAAGGAGAUCGACUGGGAGAGCCGCGUCCUGCGGGCGCCCGAGGAGCCCCCCAGGGAGUUCAAGGUGUGGAGGAGCAACGCCGUGCCCCCGCCGGAGACCUACAGCCCGCCCGAGAAGCCGCCGCCGCCGGCCCCCGCCGUCGACAUGGCCAUAAAAUGGUCCAACAUYUACGAGGACAACGGCGACGACGCGCCCCGGCCGGCCGGCAAAGCCAAGUUCCUGCCGGACGAGGAGCAGGAGCUGCUGGAGUCGGAUGGUGAAAAAGAUGAUGAACCAGCUUCUGCUAAGAAACGGAAAGUAGAGUCUGGAGAGCAGGCAAAGAAGAAGAAGAAGAAGGUAUAAGCAGGGUGUUUCAAUGUAGACAUAAUGAGAAUUUCAAGGAACUCRGAUUCCUCUGCUGGAAUGGGAAACAAAUCUGUGUUUACUGAAUUUCUCUCUCGUAUUGGGUAGGGAAUUUUAUUUCUGUAGUAUGCUUGCCUUUUGGAAAGCACAAAAUUAAAUGGACAUUGUUGUGGUAGAACWUGUUUACUGAACAAAAUUCAAACCUGUUUAUUUAAAAGAAGGAUUUAGAAGAGAGAUCCAUUGCCAUGGAUACAUGUGCUCGUGCAGGUUACAAGGCAUCACAGUAUUUCAUCAAGAAUCCUGGUAAUGUGAGUUUUGCUGGACUGACUUUUCCAUUGUGUCAAAACCUUUUAUAAAGGAGUAUAUACUAAAGAUUUUUUAGGUUUGGUCUGUGAUAUGUUCACAUAAUGUUGUUUUUAAAUGUAUGUACAGACUGCAAAUAGUCACUGGAAUAAAACUACAUUUGAAAACAUCUGCAGUAUAAAUAUUGCAUUGCGUGCUCGGUGAAUAGGAUCAAUGAAUUCUGUACUGUAUGCCAUUCAGUCAUGUCUGACUUAACAGAUACCUCAGGGCUUUUUUUGUUUAAAUAAAUACACAACUACAAACUGAAUAAAGGGACCUAAAAAUGGAGUUUAAUAUUUUAUGAUUAUUUUGAUGUUACAGGAUCUUCAUCAGUGAAAAUGAGACUAACUGAUGGGGGAAGAAUUGAAUCUAAUGUAUUCUGCCUGAAACAGAAAAUAGAAUCUAGAUAUUUAUGUGGACCAAAAGYAUGACAAAGCUGUGAUAGAGUCUCUUCUGCCAAAUUGUAUUUAUUUCAGUGCAGACAGUUGGUAAUCUUCUCAAAGUGCUAGUCAGUAAAUGUUUCAUUUUUGAUAUGCUGCUGAAUGGGAUUUUGGUCUGUAUAUGACAAGGUACCAGUUGUACUGGAUUGGAGAAAGGCUUGCUAUAUAUUUUCAAAUAAAGAUUCUGUGCCUUAGGAAAUCUGUAGUGAGAUUAGGGCCUACUAAUAGAAGUUUUGUAUGAUUAAAUUUUUAAUGUAAAAAUGUGYUUUCUGUUUUCCUUCUGUCUUGAACUAGCUUUACUUUGGCAGAACAGAUUCAGUAUUGCAUAUGUGCUAAUAUGAUGUUAAUAUUUUUUAAGUGAUUUUAAGAGUUUUUUUUUUAACCUCAAUAUAUAGAAAAGCAUGUUCAUUUUUAGUGAGUGUAUGAACUUGUUAACAAAUCAUGCAGUUCUAGCCUUGGCAGUGUGAUAAUGCUUUCUCUGGAUCCUUGUCUACCUGCAGACUCUGCAACUGCUCCUUGCCAAUUUUACAGGCUGUGGGGCCAAAUCUGUGAUAUAUUCCAGCCAUUCUGUGCCAGCUGUAGAUGGAAGUUUUUAUGCUAGAGAUGCUUCAGUGCAUCAUCUUCAGRAAAAGAUGAUGAGAGAAGUGCUACAGUGCUGCAGCUUCUGAAGCAACUCAAAAGACUUCAAGAAACAGACUGGAGGUUUUCUUCAGGUUUGGGCAGCUUAUGAAAAUUUGUCUAUGCUUCAGAGUCUGUGAAACAUGUGAGUGARCCCCAACUAAACUUAAACAGAUAGCUGAGAUGUUCAGAAAUGUCUUAACCAUAAAACAGUUUAUCCUGGAUUGUCUUUCAAGGGAAGGCAGUGACAAUGAACUGCUGACAAAUGGGAAAGAUUGCUUCUGAAAAUUAGUCCUCUAUUAAGUCAUCAUUCUACUGUUUUUAUAACUAAUCAAAUUUGAUUACAAUCGUGUAAAGGGAAAAAAAAGAGCAGUAAAAAUGCAUAGGGUUUGAUUUGAUUAAAAAUUUGUCAAAAUYAGAAAAACCAUGUUUGGAAGGCAGUUAAUUUGCAAUGAGCACAUUGUGUU